AUCUCUUACACACUCUCCCUGGCCAUAAUUUGCCCACAUCAGCUUCGAUAGCUUAACACUAUCCCACGCACCCAUACCUCCCUUCUCUCUUUCCUGACAUCCAGGACUUCAUCGAUCACAACUGUAGUAAACCACAUUGGCCUUAUCUACCUCACUCACAUUCACCACUCAGCACCACCAUGGCUGCCACCGCAGCCGCAGCCAUGAGCUCGUCUUUCUCUCCUUCCAUCCACACCCUCAAAUGCAUGCGCUCCAAUCACGUGCACUUAGCCCCUCACCAUGAUCUUCACCUCAGAAUCACAACACCUGCCCGCAUGCUAUCAUCGUCGUCGUCGCUAUCUGCUCAUUCAUGUGUUAUAGAUCAGCCACUGCUUUCUAGGCGCGUGCUGAGAAUAUCGUGCGCUUCUGUGGACGUGGCUGUGACGGAGGAGGUUGAAGAAGCUGUUGUGGCGGCUGAGGAGGAAGAAGAGAAGCAAGCCGAAGAGGAAGUAGUGGCGCCGACAGCUGAAGCGGCGGCCGAUGAAGUUUCGAGUGAGGCUGGUGAGGUUGGAGGUGAAGUUUCGACUGAUGAGCUUAGUGUGAACACGAAGCUUUACUUUGGGAACCUUCCUUACAGUGUUGACAGCGCACAGCUUGCUGGGAUAAUUCAGGACUAUGCAAGUCCAGAACUCAUUGAGGUUCUCUAUCAUAGGGACACCGGAAGAAGCAGAGGAUUUGCAUUUGUGACGAUGAGCAGUGUUGAAGAUUGCAAUGCUGUAAUUGAAAAUCUUGAUGGACGGGAGUACAGUGGCCGAACAUUGAGGGUUAACUUUUCGGACAAACCUAGAGCGAAAGAACCUCUAUAUCCAGAAACUGAGUACAAACUUUUUGUUGGGAAUUUGUCCUGGUCAGCCACAUCUGAGAGUUUGACAAAAGCUUUCCAAGAAUAUGGAAAUGUGGUCGGAGCCAGGGUUCUAUAUGAUGGGGAGACAGGAAGGUCCCGUGGCUAUGGAUUCGUAUGCUUCUCAACAAAAGCAGAGAUGGAAACUGCCUUACAAUCUCUAGAUGGAGUGGAACUAGAGGGAAGAGCAAUGCGUGUAAGCUUGGCAGAAGGAAAGCGUUCAUAAUAUCUGUAGUGUAAAUUUUGUAAAAGGGUUAAUUUGAAGAUGCAUGUCAACUGAGAUCAUAUUAUCCAAUCACAUAAGCGGGGAACUCUCCUUUCAUAUCUUUAUUAGUUGUCUUGUAACUCAUUUUCCAUUCCCCCAUCUUCAAAGUGGAAAUUCCUCUAUUUUUCCCAA